AUGAACAGCACGGUUUCUGCGACGUCUGUAACGACUAGCACUGAUCAUGACAAGCAUCAAGAACUAAGCCCCACAUACAAAGUUCUACUGGCAGUCUUGAUUAUUCAGUCCGUCGUGACGUGCGUUGGAAACGCUAUGACAAUCAUUGUGGUUUACAGAGACGCCGCCUUGAGGACGUUGGGUAAUAUACACGUGGUGUCGCUAGCCUACGCCGAUUUCAUUGCAGGGCUCACGGGCUUAUUCGACGUCAUUUGGUUUAUAAAUAAAGACGUCACCACAUUCUUCUCUUACUGCAAGUUCUGCUGUUUACUUUGGUACAUCUUGUUUUUCGUCAGUUUUGCAGCAUCGCUUUUCAGCAUGUCUCUCAUAGCCCUGGACCGCUGGAUUUUUAUAGCCUAUCCUUUGAGAUAUUACAUCUGGAUAACGCCUCUUAAGACGACGUUUUUGAUUGGUUCUGCGUGGACAGCUGCCAUGUUGUUUGGAUUAUUACCUGCAGCUAUUAAUACUUUUGACACUAACAACCAGCUCAACUCUCAGUGCAGCAAGAGAACAUCUAUAUUCAACGUAAGCGAGCAGCUGAUGGUCAGAUGGCACAAGCAGAACGCAUGGUCAAACGAAGUCGUCUGGAGCAUGUUGCUGGUAACCCAGGAGACAACGUGA